AUGCAGAUCCAGGUCAGGUGCGCCUGCGGAGAAGGCGGAUGCCCGGAGUGGGCCAUCGUGGAGCUCCAGGGAGUAGUCGAGGCGGAUCCCUCGAUCGGAAAUCAGCUUCAGAACCUCGAGAUUGGGCACCUCUGCUGCUCGUCACAGGUCAGCCUCUACCCCGCUCGUGCCCAAAUGUGAGGCACUGGAUCGCCUCUCAGAUGGGUGUCAGUGAAGAAGAUCUCACACAUCUUUGAUUGCUUCCCCAGUCAGUCUAUAAAUUCACGGUCGGCUACCACGAAUUAUCGGGGACGAAGGUGCCGUUGAAGAAGCCACUGCUGGUACUGAAGAAGAGGAAGGAGGAGUCGCUGGGCGGAGCAGAAUCGUCAACGACGGAGCUGGAAGUCAUCGGAAUCAUCCGGCAUCGGAUUCUGUUCAAGAAUAGACCCAAAGCUCUCAUCUCUGGUAAGAGAUUUUUCAUUUGCUACCUGCCGAAUGUUUAAUAUAUUUUGUUUGAUUCUUGAGAUAUAUGUUCCUGUACAAUGCCCCUCUCCAGCCCAAUCCGUGAAUUCCUAUGUAUUUUAGUUAAUUGAAUGCUUGACAACCGAAUCGAAUCAAAUCUUAUUGAACAUUCGUCUCUGCUCCCUUUCAGUGCCACAAACUAAGGAGAAGAAGACAGGCUAG